AGAGGACAGGCAACACUAGACACAGAGCUGGGCUCUGAGACACCGGUAGAGCCAUCAGGACAAUGGCUUUUGAGACUGCAGGCAGUAACUAAAAUCCAAUUCAAAUAUAUGUAGAGAGUGAGGUUUAUGUCUUGUCUCUUACACCUGCAGCAUAAUAUUAUUCUGUCCUGCGGUUCAUUCUAAAGGAAAAUGGAGAGAGAAAAUAUCAUGUGCUUACUGCGGUUACAAGGAGCUGAGGUUUCAGUGACGCUCGAACAGGACACUCUGAACUGGGCCUACAGCAAAAAACGAACAUGGAGACGAAAAAGUCAGUCAGUCUCUGUUCCUGUGGAUGAAAUGGUCACUGUUCAGCAAGGUGACAGUAAACAGCAGACAAAGACAAUCGAUGCUCCUAGCAAUCUAUUUACAGUGUAUUACGUGCUGCGUAAGUCCUGUAAGCGUUGGUCUCUGCAAAUGGUGACGUUCACAGCUCCAGAUGCUCAGGUGGCUCAUGACUGGGUACAACGCAUUCAAGAGAAAAUACAAAAGACAGGUCAGAGCAGGCCAAGAAAACUGCUUGUAUUUAUUAACCCCUAUGGAGGGCGCGGCAAAGCAUCAAGAAUUUACUACACCAAAAUAAGCCCCCUCUUCCAGCUGGCUGGGAUUGAGAGUGAUGUGAUUGAAACUACCAGAGCUAAUCAUGCUAGAGAUUAUAUAAUGGACUCUGAUCUCCAGAAAUAUGAUGGGGUUGUGUGUGUUGGCGGAGAUGGGAUGUUUAGUGAAUUGCUUCAUGGUCUGGUAAAACGCACCCAGAGUGACAGUGGCAUUUCUGAGGACCAGGAGGAUGCAAGACUGACACCGUGCAGCCUGCGCAUUGGAAUCAUACCAGCAGGUUCUACUGACUGUGUGUGUUUUGCUACCAUGGGGAUCAAUGACCCAGUGACAUCAGCCUUGCACAUAAUUAUAGGAGACACACAGCCUAUGGAUGUAUGUGCUUCCUACCACGAUGGUGAGCUCAUGAGAUAUUCAGUGUCUCUCAUUGGCUAUGGCUUCUUUGGGGAUGUUCUGAGGGAGAGUGAGAACAUGCGUUGGGUGGGACCCUUGAGAUAUGACCUAGCAGGUAUACGGAUGGUCCUCAGUAAUCGCUCCUACCGAGGCACAGUAGAAUUCCUGGAGGCCAAUGACAACAAUUCCAGCCCAAGAGACAAUACUCGCUGCAGGACAGGGUGUCUUGUCUGUUCUGAGUCAUCUGAUAGAUUGUCAGCAAUAUCUGAAAGUAAGAAGUUGGUAGAAAAUCUGGAUGAUGUCUCCCAAUUGGAAGACUGGAAAUCGGUUACUGGGUCCUUUGCAGCUCUCAACAUUACUGGCAUGUCCAGUGCCUGCCCCAAGAGCCAGGAUGGACUUUCUCCAACUGCACACCUGGCAGAUGGCACCGCUGAUCUGAUAAUGGUACAAAAGUGCAGCAUCCUUCAGUUCAUAAAACAUCUCAGCAGGCAUACAAAUGGCAAGGACCAGUUUGCUUUGCCUAAUGUGAAAGUUCAUCGGAUCCACGCCCUGAGAUUUACCCCCGAGCAGCUUGAUGAUGACGAGGUAAUUCGUCGCCAGAAACGCCCAUUUGUUUGCCCCUGUGGGGAGGACUCAGUCAACAGCACAUGGAACUGUGAUGGAGAAAUUCUGGACUGUGCCCAGCUCAGCAUCAGGGUACACCAUCAGCUCAUCCAGCUCUUUGCCCGGGGAAUUGAAGACAUGCCAUGCAGAUACUCCUCAUCACUACCUCCGCCAUGAUGCGUAGAGCUUAUUUUUGAUGACACGUCUGGUCAGAACAGAAGGGAUCAUUUUUAUGCUGCUGGUACAGCACACACUGCUCAGUAUGGUGCCCAACAGGUUGGGUAUAGGAAGAUAUCAAGCUCCUCACACAGCCAUGUACUUUUAACCCCUGCUGG